AUGGCCCACGCAGGCCUCGUCCAGACCAGUUUGAUCUGGGUCGCUUAUGCCAUCGCCGUAGGCCUCUGUCUGAUUGCAGCCAUCAUCACCACAUUCACAUGGCAGACUCCCCGUGAACGAUCCGCCGUCGUCAGCAUCGUCGCUAUUGUCAGCUUGACUUCACUACUCGCUACGGUUCUGCUACUACCCGUCGAUAUCGCUCUCGUCUCUGCCACCGCCUCUGCAACACUUGGUGCCAAGAAGGAUUGGGCUACACCCGAACGUAUCGACAGUAUCCUCUACACUCUCAAGGUCGUCUAUUACAGCUUGUACAGUUUCGAUGCAAUUCUCUGUCUGAUCGUUAUUCCUUUCGCCUACUUCUGGCAUGAAGAGUAUGACGAGAUUGAAGUAGAGGAGGAGGGUCGAACACUAGGCAGUCGCUUCCUGGCCGCAGCCAAGUACACCCUCUUUUUCGUUGCAUUCGUCGUGGUUCUAUUCCUGUUGGGAUUCUUUGUACCUGCAGCCGGCGAUAGCUCUCAGUCCCACUGGGAUCUCGACUACUUCAAGAAGCUCGUCGCUCAAAACCAUGGCGAAAAGGCCUUGACUUUUGCUCUCGGUCUCCUGCUCACAAUGGGUACUUUACUCUACGUUGUCUACACUGGUGCUGGCCUCGCUCUUCUCCCGAUUUCCUUCAUCAAGGCUGCACCUUCAAUCUCGGCCCCUCAACUUCACCAGUCCACCACUUCGCAACUAGAGCAGAAUCGUGAACGUCAGCGACAGAUUGAGAUGCGCAACGCCGGUCGACAAGAGGAAAUGUCCCGAAAGGAUCAACGAGAGUUGGAUGCUUUGGUUAGAGAAGAACAGACACUGGUACGACGUGAGAGACUCGCAGCUGAAGCUCAGGGCGAAGGCCACAGCAAGGUCUAUCAGGCUUGGCUCAAGGUGUGCGCUGUCUUUCGACCUGUCAAGCUUAUCGGUGGAAUUCUUCUCCUGCUUCUCUCUGUUUUUAUCUGGGUGUCUAUGCUCAUCACCGGCAUUGACAAGGCCAAGAACUCGGUCUGCAAGCAAAAGUGUGGUUACAUCCUCGGUCAGAUCCAUGUUUUCCAGCCCAUGAACUUUAUCUUUGUCAAGGCCGCCAAGGCUUUCCCUGUCGACUAUAUUCUCAUGGCCCUGCUUGUGCUCUUCUUCUUCAGCAGCUCCAUUUCUGGUAUCGCGACGGUUGGCAUCCGGUUCCUUUGGGUUCGCAUCUUCCAGAUUCGCAAGGGUAGAACAGCGCCUCAAGCUCUUCUUAUUGCCACUGUUAUGUUGGGAUUGAUCAUCUUGGCUAUGAACUACGGUAUCGCCAUGUUGGUCGCACCCCAAUAUUCUACCUAUGGAACUCAAACAUUCUGCUCCAACGAGCCCGCUCAUCCGGGAGAGCAACCCGACUGCAGAGGCCACUCAGACAUGAUCCACGCUUGUUCCGAGGCGCUCAAGUACAAGCAUGCCAAGGAUGUUUGUACCCCAUCAGUGAUGUCAACGUUCCUCAACCGCAUCACUAUCACAUGGCCAUUCUUUGGUCUGGUCGACUUUUGGGCUCAAUUUGCCUUCCUUGGCGUGUUCCUUGUUGUUUUUAUUACAGCCCUUUUCCGCACACCCAAACUUGACCUCUCUCAAAUUGACGAGGAAGCCGAGGCAGAUGAGGAGGAGAGCCUUCUCGCAUCUACUGGUAGACGCUUCGGUGCUACAUGGCAGGACGUCAGAGGAAAGGUCAGCACAGGAAAUGACUCUACGAAUAACGGCCACGGAUCACAAUCCGCUGCUUGA